AUGCCGUUAUCCGGGUUUGAUUUAGCCAUUUAUGGAUUUAAUCGUAACAUUCAGAAAGUAGAAAAAGCAGGGAUUUCGUAUGAAUUACGUAUUAUUCGCGAUAAACUAGCACUUGGCCUAAGCACUGAACCUGUCUUAAAACAGUCAUCAACUAUUGGACACGUUGUUGAAAAUUGGACGAAUCCGGACAGUGUGAAUGGCAAUGAAACUUGCGCAUUGAAUGAAUUUAUGGAUCCGGAUGAUGAGCAUUAUCUCCAUUUUUUGAAAAAUCUAGAUCCAAAACGUUGUAAAGAUCAAGACCAUUAUAAAGUCCUUGGGUUAUCAAACCUACGCUGGCAAGCCAGUACUUCACAGAUUCGUACUGCCUAUCGUGCCAAAGUACUGAAGCAUCAUCCGGAUAAGAACAAUGCAGUAAGGGUUGAAGCAGGUGGUAGCAAAGAGCACUUCACAUGCAUUACCAAAGCCUAUGAACAAUUAGGAUUGUCGGAACAGAAAAGAAGGGCUUAUGACUCCGUGGAUCCAUUAUUCGAUGAUUCGAUUCCAGACGAGAAAAUAAUCACUUCUGACAAUUUUUUUGAUAUUCUGGCGCCGGUCUUUAUUAGGAAUGCAAGAUGGUCUAUUCGGCAACCUGUACCAUUAUUAGGCGAUAUCAAUAGCGCACAAGUUGAAGUAGACAGGUUUUACUCAUUUUGGUUUAAUUGGGAUUCGUGGCGUGAAUUUUCAUAUCUGGAUGAAGAAGAUAAGGAAAAGGGAGAAGAUCGAUGGGAAAGACGUGAAAUUGAGAAAAUAAAUAAGAUUGAGCGAGAAAAACGGCGUAGGAACGAAAUGAAACGAAUCAGAAAUCUUGUUGAGAUGACAUAUCGUAAAGACCCACGAGUAGCAAUGUUCAAGGAACAGGAAAAAUUAAAAAAGGAGAACCAAAGGAACGAACGUAGAAAAGCUCUGGAAGAGAAGCGAGCUCAGGAUGAGAAGAAGAAAUUGGUAAUGUUUGGUUUGAGCUUGGAAAUUGAAUUGAAAAAUAGAAAAAUAGAGGAGGAACAAGUAGAGAAAGAACGGCAGCAUCGAGCUUACGAAAAGCGGAUAAAAGAGCAGCAGAAGAAACUGCUUGGUGAAGCUCGAAGGAAGCUCCGUAGAACUGCUGAAGCUAAAAAUUACUGGGAUGCAGACAUGUCAUCGAAAUUGUCUUGCCUGGAAACAAUUGAAUAUGUCUGUUUGCGAUUUGAUGCAGUUCAUUUGAAUGAAAUCACAGCUAAGCUUGAAUUGGUGAACGGUAUCACUGAAGCAAUGAGCAUUUUAAACGUUCAGAUUCAUAAAGAAGUUCCGGAAAGUGUCGAGAUCAAAGAUGGAGUUUCUGAGAAUGGUACAGAUAACAUGUCUCGUUGGUCCUCUGAUGAAAUAACGUUACUAGUUAAAGCCACUACUUUGUAUCCUGUCGGCACCACCAAAAGAUGGUCAGAAAUUGCAAACUAUAUCAAUGAGCACCGUGAAAGUAAGAAUACAAAAAAGAAAACAGAAAAAGAUGUCUUGACUCAAGUGAAAACAUUGAAGUCAUUAAAUAACGCUGAAGACCAGAAGAAAAUAAAGGAUAUUUUGGCUAAUUCAACAAAAGGAAGUGAAUUGGAAUGGAAAGCAGAAGAACAAAAGUUGCUUGAAACAGCGCUUAAGAAAUUUCCGUCAUCAGAUCCAGACCGUUGGGAAAAUAUUGCAAAUUUUGUAGGGAGAUCAAAGAAAGAGUGCAUAAGGAGAUUUAAAUAUCUCGCAGAAGUGGUAAAAAGUAAGAAGGAACAAUUAUCUUAA